CUGCUCUGCUCAGACUAGACACUCCAUCUCAGUCACCGAUUCUCUCUCUCGAACGAGUCCCAACCACACCGACGCAACCAUGAGCGGCUACUACAACGAAGACAACAAAUACCCGCCCCAGGAGGGCUACCACCACCAGCAGCAAGGCGGCUCCGCCAACUCCUACUACGAGCAGGGCAACAACGACCAGUACCGCACACAAUACCAGCAGCCUCCGCCGCCCUACGGCCAGCAGGGCUACGGCCAGCAGGGCUUUGGCGGCGAGCCCCAGGACGGCGAGCGAGGCAUGAUGGGCGCCCUGGCCGGCGGUGCUGCCGGAGCCUUUGGCGGCGCCAAGAUCGGCGGCCAGGCCACGGGCCACUCCAAGACCAGCGGCGUCGUCGGCGCCAUCGUCGGCGCCAUUGCCGGCUCGAAGCUGCAGGACGGCGUUUCCGACUGGCGGCACGAGCGAAAGGACGAGAAGCAGGACGCCGAGCGCUGGGAGGCCGAGCAGCGGCGGAGACGUGAGGAGGAGCGCCACGAGGAGCGCUACGAGGAGCGCAGACACCGCAGCCGGUCCCGAAGCCGAUCCCGCAGCCACUCUCGCCGGCGUCGCUCGCACAGCUCCAGCAGCAGCUCCAGCCGCUCGUCGCACCACCGCCGUCGCUCGGGCUCCCGGUCUCGCGGCCACACCAUCACGGUUCAGCAGGGCGAGACGCUGCGAGGCAUUGCUGCCCGCUAUGGAACGUCGUAUGAGGAGAUUGCGAGGCACAACGGCAUUGAUAACCCGGAUAUGAUUUACCCUGGCCAGGUCCUGAGGGUGCCUGGACGGUAUUAGAGCUUGUGUGCUGCUGCUCUAGUUUAGCAUGAUGGAUGCGUUUUUGAUGAUUGUAAUGACGGUGGAUGAUUAUCUGCCACUUGGAUGAAAGGACCUUGGAGACCAAGUAACUGCGCCUUGGUCCUUGGUCUAACCAAAUAAAAAAAAUAAACCUAAUUUCAC